AUGGACUUCAAGCAGCUGGUGGACACCGCAGAGAAAUGGUGCUCCGGCAACCCAUUCGAUCUCAUUUUCGCGGAGGAGGUCGACGAGAGGCGGCUGGAUUUCUAUGCGGAGCCCGGAAUAUCUUUUUAUGUCCUGUGCCCCGACAAUUUGUCUGGCGGUACCGACAAUUUUCACGUGUGGAGCGAGAGUGAGGACUGUCUGCCUUUCCUGCAGCUGGCCCAGGACUACAUAUCUUCCUGUGGGAAGAAAACUUUACUGGAGGUCUUGGACAGAGUCUUCAGAUCCUUCAGGCCUCUUCUUGGUCUUCCUGAUAUUGAUGAUGACACGUUCGAGCAGUACCAUGCAGACGUGGAGGAGGAACCAGAAACAGACCACCAGCAGAUGGGUGUUAGCCAGCAGUAA